CCACGCGGAGUGGGAUCAAGCGGGAGAACGGUUGCAGGCGGCGGCAUGGCGAGCACGGCCUUGGAGAUCGUUGCCUUCACGGUCUCCAUCUCGGGCUGGGUGCUGGUGUCCUCCACACUGCCCACCGACUACUGGAAGGUAUCCACCAUCGACGGCACGGUCAUCACCACCGCCACCUAUUUUGCCAACCUAUGGAAGAUGUGCGUUACCGAUUCCACUGGUGUCGCCAACUGCAAGGACUUCCCCUCUAUGCUGGCGCUGGAAGGCUACAUCCAGGCGUGCCGAGGACUGAUGAUCGCUGCGGUCAGCCUGGGCUUUUUCGGUUCCAUUUUUGCACUGUUUGGAAUGAAGUGUACCAAAGUUGGAGGCUCAGACAAAGCCAAAGCGAAACUUGCCUGCUUGGCUGGGAUCGUAUUCAUAUUGUCAGGUCUGUGCUCCAUGACAGGCUGUUCCCUGUACGCCAACAAAAUCACGACAGAAUUCUUUGAUCCUCUCUUUAUGGAGCAAAAGUACGAGCUGGGAGCCGCUCUCUUCAUCGGGUGGGCAGGAGCCUCGCUCUGCAUCAUUGGCGGUGUCAUAUUUUGCUUUUCGAUAUCUGACAACAACAAAACACCCAGAAUGAGCUACACGUACAACGGACCCACAUCUGUCACGUCUUCCCGGACCAAGUAUCAUGGCGGAGAAGGAGAUUUUAAAACCACAGGUCCUUCCAAACAGUUUGAUAAGAACGCUUAUGUCUAAAGGAGCUCCUGACGAGCUGUGUCUUGAAACUGAACUGUGCACGCAAUGAUCCUUCCGGGGCCCUCCCGUAAUCGCCGCUUCCGCUUGUUUUUUAAAAUAUGAAUUUGAAGACUGUUGAUUGGACGGAUGUAAAUGUUCUUAUAGCUAUAUGCUAAUCAUUUUCUGUUGUGCCUUUCUAUAAGGAAAAUAAACAGGUUAUUUACAGGAUCUGCAUAUUUUAUGCCCAUAGAACACAUGGACGCUUAGUUCAAAGGCUCAGGAAAUGUUGGGGUGACGGUCACUUUGAUGUACGCUGAGAGCUUCCCUCGACCCAUCCACACGUUAGGCAGAAGUGUGUCGGCAGUGGUGGCUUGUGAACGGGACGGGGACAAGUGGAGACUGUUCCUCAUCAGGUGUCCCUGUUAAAUAGUCACGUUACCUGCCAUGUAGAGCCGCCUUCCAGUUUCUUAGACCUGUCUGACAGGACCGCCAUUCACGACAAUGGCUCAAGAAAGGACUACCGAGGCCAAGCUGUCAUUGUCCUUUAUGUGGAUCAGAGACCACAAGGGUUGUCUGACACCCUUUGGUGAGCUGGGCCCUGACUGGUUGAAUCCAAAGCCAGCUGAGGAAGUAGUGGGGAGGGGGGGCUGUGUGGUGCCUGCCAUUCUCAGUUCCUGGGUGUCUCCUGAGUCCUGCACAGAGCACUCACGAGGUCACUGAGACACUGGCCAGUUUUCAAGACAGGGAUCCCGAGGCUGGCCUGCAAACCACCUGCCCACAAAGGCAGCCCUCAUCACCAUCCCUAUACAGCUUGAGUGACCCAACUCACUUACACCCCCAGCGCCCUUGGUGGUGGCUCCUCUCUUCCUCCUGCAGUGCAGCGAAGAAAAGUGGAGUAUAAAGCAGAAGUCGUGAACCUUUGAAUGACGGGGCCAGGAUGUGAGCUGUUAUCAGUUGUAAGAAUCCGGCACCUGCGUCAAGGGCUGCAAACCGUCUGGGAUGAAUCACACGGGUGCCGCGUGACUUUCCCCAAGAGCGAAUGAUUGAAAAGGAAAAAGAAAAAUCACAUUGUUUGCAGGAACUCAAUGGAAAGGUUUAAAAAAUGUUUUGAAAAAUAGAAUUAAAAAUUUUUAAAUGCCA